ACAAUAACACGGGCCAAGCGUUUGUGUAACGCUUGUGGCGCCGCCGGGUGUUAACAAGCGCAGCCCGCCAAUUCAACGAAUUCUAGUCUGAGUUUACUGAGAUAAGUGGCGGCCGGUUUUCAGAGUAAUUAUAAAUCCGAGCUUCAAAAGCGGUACACUACAUGUGGACUUUGCCGCCUUCUGCUGCUGACACUAAAUGCCAAUACAUAGGGUUUGUCCGAUCGGGAGGAUGACUUUGAGUGGGAGGCUGCAUGGGUGCUAAACGAUAUUGACUACAGAGUUGCCGAGCUCAUCCCAAACCGCAAGGGCUUAGGUCUUUCUAUAGUGAGAAAUGCAUGGUUUGAUGCCCCGGUUAAUCUGAUACAACUUGUUGAAGACUAAACAGCCGUCGAUGAGCCAUUAUACGGUCGCCACCGUGGUCUAGAUAUUGAUAUUGACCGCAUCCUCUCCUGGUUCCAAUGGUGCCAGUGGGAACACAGCGACAACUGUUCGGCUGCCUUCCUCCAAGUAACCCAGCGGUCUGUUCCAACACUGAUGAUCGAUGUUAUUGCCGUUACCGUUGCACUUGGCUUUCGCAACCUGUGGAUCGAUUCACUAUGCAUUAUACAAGACCGGGUGAAGGAAAAACUUAACCUUAUCAACGCAAUGGACUCGAUAUAUAGUCAAGCCGCUUUGACUCUUGUGACUGCAACCGGAGAUACUGCGCACUCAGGUUUGAGUGGCUGGUCAAGAGAGUCUCGGGAGGAAGUGCGGGAGUUAACCGCGACCGUUGCUUCAGAUCUGACAAUAAGAGUUAUUGCCCCCAUGUGGACAUCUGAUUGGGUACAGAGAGGAUGGACUUACCAGGAAGGUGUUCUAUCUAAUCGCUGCUUAAUAUUUCUCGAAGGACAAAUCUACUUUAUGUGUCGAAAGAAUCUUUGGCGCGAGGAUCUAGUAGGAGGACUACCGACAACUAACUUCUCAGGCUCUCCUUUCCUGGGAAGACCCGACGAAAAUUGGAAUUCAUCUCCCCAGCCAAUUCUUGAAGAGUUGAUUGGAUAUUAUUCACCACGAAUUCUGACCUUCCCAAGCGAUAUUGUCUAUGCAUUCCGGGGUAUCGAAAAUGCGAUUGGUCCUGCAAUUGGUGGCACACAGUUCUUCUUUGGACUCACGUCUUGUGCUUUCGACGCCUCGGUGUUAUGGGCAAAGAAGUCCAGAAACGAGGUACUCACUCGUCGCCCAGGAGCUCCCAGCUGGAGCUGGAUGGGCUGGGAGGGAGCAACUUCGUAUCUUGGUACAUCCUAUUUCACCGAUGAAAUAUAUUGGCUCACGACCCGGACCAGGGUAGACUGGUAUAUCGUGGAUAGUUCUUAUAACCUCAUAUGUGUCUCGGAUUUUACAAGAGACACCAUCAUUGACAAUCAGAGCUCCGAAGGAGACUUAAACCUUCAAGACAAGCUACAACCUAUAUGGCGCUACGGUCAUUGUUCAAAAGACAACCCCUUUGGCCUGUUCAAGAAAACCUCCUGCCUUAAAUUCAUCUACGGUGCCUAGAGGGUUUCCCUAUCUCGCAUUUGUGACUGCCCAUUCCAUAUCCAAUGUGAGAGUUGUCUCCCUACAUAGAUAUAUGCGACAAGGACGGUUUAGUCUGUGGCACAUUAGGGGACUAUUAUGUCUCCGAUAUUCCCUCUCCCGACGAUGGCAUGAAAUCCGUAGAGAUUAUAACUAUAUCCUAUGCAGACGAAGGUCUCACUCAUUUCUUUACAGCGGACAAGAAUAUUAAAGAGAUAUAUGGGGAGUUUGAAGUAGAACCUCUCCCAACCAUCGCUUUUAAUGUUUUAAUGUGCUAGUCGUCGCACCCCAUACACAGAAACAAGGAAUUUACGAGAGAGUUGGAUCCGAGUUCCUCCUCAAAGAUGCCUUAUUCCGGGGAUUGGAGC